GCCCGGUGUCUCGACGUGGCACAAGAUAAGACGAGGGCAAGUCCAAGAUUUUCUCCUUAAGAAACCGAACAGGAACAGCCGAAUCCAGCAAUACCCACCACUGAGGCAACAGAGUUCAGCAUGAAUCCACAGACAGGCUACAACCAACCCUACCAGGGGGGGUACCAGAACUACGGGGGGCCACCCCCUCCUGGUGGACAGAACAGGGGGUACGGGGGCCCCGUCCCGGGACAACCCCCUCCACAGAAUGCCUACAUGAACGGACCCCCUUCCCUGGGCCCCCCAGGGGCCAAGCCUUCACAAGGGGGUUAUGGAGCACCCCCCUCGCAGAAGGGGCCGUCAGGGGGGUACGGCCAGGGGGGUGGUGACAUGCAGAAUGGUUUUUCUCACGGUGGCCAGGCGUACGGAGGACCUCCCCAGCAACAACAGUACAGCAGAGGCCCUCCCCCACCAGGACCACCCCAGCAGUACCAGCCUGGCCCCCCCGGCCCUCCUAUGUCUAACGUACAGACUGGACCGCCUGGGCCACCCAUGUCUGGUGUCCAGUCCGGUCCACCCAUGUCCGGUGUCCAGUCUGGACCACCCAUGUCCAGACCACCUCCCAGUAGUCAGAUGCAGAUGGUGAACCAGAUGCAGACCAUGAGUUUGUCUCAGCAAAGACCAGGUCCCCCCGCGCCAGGCAUGGGUGCACCCCCUCCAAGCAGCAUGCCCCCCUCAUCCUACGGACCCCCUGGAAGCUCUGCACCCCCCUCCAGCAUGUCCAUGGGACCCCCCUCCAGCAUGCCCCCCCAGAUGGGCCCCCCUGGACCGGGGAUGUACAGCUCUGCUGGCUACGCCCCCCCUGCCUCACAGCCAGGCAUGGUGGGAAUGCAGAAACAAUCAACAGACAAAAAUAAACCCAACUAUUCCGGUGCCCCAGGGUUCCAGGGGGGGUAUGGCUCCCCUCCCACCAGCCAGGGGGGGUACGGACAGCCCCCUGGGCCGGGGGGGAUGGGCGGUUACCAAGGGCAACCAGUGGCACAGCCCCCCCAGCAGAGGCGUCUGGAUCCUGACCAGAUCCCCAGUCCGGCCAGGCUGGACCCAGACCUAAUUCCUAGCCGUAUCCAGGUGAUUGAGGAUGACCGGACCAGUCGUGGAGGUCAGCAGUUUGCCACCAACACCAGAGGACUGAUGCCUCCUCUGGUCACCACGGACUUUCUUACUAUCGACCAAGGGAACUGUAACCCAGCGUUCAUGCGAGCGACCAUGUACAACAUCCCCUGUACUGCAGACAUGUACAAACAAUGCAGCGUUCCCAUGUCCCUGGUCAUCAAGCCAUUCGCACAACUCAAGCCACAGGAGGCACAGCUGUGUGUGGUUGACCACGGUACAGCCGGCCCAGUCAGGUGUAACCGGUGUAAGGCCUACAUGUGCCCCUUUAUGCAGUUUGUGGAAGGUGGUCGGAGGUUCAUGUGCAGUUUCUGUAGCUGUGUCACUGAUGUCCCAGACACGUACUUUGCCCACCUGGACCACACCGGGCGGAGGAUAGACGUGUACCAGAGGCCGGAGCUCGCCUGUGGGUCGUACGAGUUUAUCGCUACUCUAGAUUACUGCAAGCAAAGAUCCGUGCCUGUGCAGCCUGUGUCUCAGGCAGGAGACGGCUCGGCGGAGAGCGAUGUUAAUAACCAGCCCCCGAAUCCGCCUGCGUUCAUCUUCAUGAUCGAAGCCUCCUACAACAGUGUGAAGAACGGCAUGUUACCACUGCUCACUAAACACCUGAAGGGGCUGCUGGACACCUUACCUAGGGAAGACGGCCAGGAUGAAUCUUCCAUAAGAGUGGGUUUUGUGACCUUCAACAAAGUGCUGCACUUCUACAACGUCAAGGGUACCCUGGCCCAGCCGCAGAUGUUGGUUGUUUCCGACGUGGCCGAUGUUUUCCUGCCACUGUUAGACGGUUUCCUGGUCACGGUACAGGAGGCACGGGCAGUCAUAGAUAGUUUGUUGGAACAGAUCCCCCAGAUGUUCUCAGACACGAGGGAAACAGAGAUCUGCCUGGGACCAGUGGUGCAGGCUGGGCUGGAGGCGCUCAAGGCGGCAGACUGUGCGGGGAAGCUGUUUGUGUUCCAGACGUCGUUGCCGCUGGCAGAGGCUCCUGGGAAACUGAAGAACAGAGACGACAGGAAACUUCUGGGGACAGACAAGGAGAAGACCCUGUUCCAGCCGCAGAUGAGUUUUUACCAGACCCUGGGGAAGGACUGUGUAGCUCAGGGCUGCUGUGUCGACAUUUUCCUGUUCCCUAACCAGUACGUGGACGUGGCCACCGUGUCCGAGGUCUGCAAGCUCACCGGCGGACAGCUCUACAAGUACAACUUCUUCACGACGGAACAAACCGGUCAACACCAUAACCCUAUGGAGGCGGUGAAUGACGGUGAGCGGUUUAUCCAGGACCUGACGCAGGACAUCCAGCGACCAAUCGUGUUCGACGCCAUCAUGAGAGUCCGGACUAGCACGGGUUUCCGGCCGACAGACUUCCUGGGAAACUUCUACAUGUCCAACACGACAGACGUGGAGCUGGCAGCCAUGGACUGUGACAAGGCCGUCGCCGUCGACUUCAAACAUGACGACAAGCUCAGCGAAGAGCUCGGGGCUUAUGUUCAGGUGAGUUGUGCUUUUGGAUCACAUAGUUUGGGGUUCAAAUCUCGCCCCAACUCUAGAGACAAGCUCAGCGAAAAGCAGGUCACAUUAACUACGGAGGGCGUGUGACUGACGACUGGGACAGACGCACGAUGAUGAACAUCUUGCAGGACUUCUACGGAAACAAGGUCCUGAGUGAGACUCACGUCUUCUCUCCAUCAGGAGUCUACCACCAGCUCAGUCCU